AUUAUUAUUUAUUACGUUAUAGUAUUAUACUAAUUGAUUAAAAAAAUAUUUAAUCAUAGUUUAAUAUAUUUUAUACUCAUCCGAACAUUAUACUUUAACAUAAAUCUUAUCAAGAACAAAAUAAAGUUUUAACUACAUUUGUGUUUCAAGUGCUACUUAAUUAAAUUUUUCUAGUGGUAAAUCAUUAGCAGCAAUUAUUAUUACCGUUUUAAUUCAUUUUUUUUUAAGAUAAGCAAAUAUGAUGAACCAUUUAUACCUACAAAUAAAUUGAAUACACACCUAUACUCAUUUUAGUUGCGCAUUAAUCAGUACAUUCAAACAUGUAUACGCGUAAUGUCAGUCUUAUUGUUCGACGUAAUUUCAAAUUUUGCCUUUGUAUCAGAUACAAAAGUGAUUCUUCCUCAAAACAACCAGAUAACUAUUAUGAUCCAGAUUCUAUUCACGAAAAUCCAUUGAACAGGUGUAAGAGGUUUCUCAAAAGGGAUAUCAAUGAAUUGUUUAAAAAAGCUAAUGACCCCUUUGAACAGUAUGAAGAUAAUAAAAUAUUCCCAAAAACUGUUGACGUUUUAAUCGUUGGUGGAGGCGUAAUUGGUUCAUCUAUUGCUUAUUGGCUUCAAAAUAAAUGCAGAGAUGGAUUAACAAUUGCUGUUAUUGAAAAAGAUUUAUCGGUAAACAAAUCAGUUAUAUCUACUGAAGAGUACGCAAAAGCAUCUUCAGUACUUUCUUGUGGAGGAAUUCGUCAACAGUUUUCACUUAAAGAAAACAUUCUACUAUCCCAAUUCAGUGCUGAAUUUCUUCGAGAUAUCAAAGAUUAUUUAACUAUUCCAGAACAUGAACCUCCAGAAAUAAAUUUUAAUCCAUCCGGCUAUUUAUUUUUAGCUACAAAAAAUGGUGUGGAUACCAUGUUAAAAAAUCAUCAAUUACAACAGGAAUUAAAAGCUAAUGUUGAGCUUUUAUCAAAAGAUAUGUUGAAAACUAAAUUUCCUUGGUUAAAUGUAGAUGAUAUUGAAUUAGGAAGUCUUGGAACUUUAAACUCAGGAUGGUUUGAUCCUUGGUCUUUGUUAAAUGCAUUAAGAAAUAAAGCUAAAUCACUAGGAACAUAUUAUGUUGAGGGUGAAGUAAAAGACUUUGGUUUUAAAACAGAUACAAGUAUUGUGGUGGAAGAAGAUCCUAAUAAGGAAUACGAAGGGAUUAAUAGCGUGAAAGUAAAAUUAAAAGAUGGUGAAACACAACAAAUAGUAUUUGGUUUAUGUAUAGUAGCAGCUGGUGCUGAAUCAGGAAAAAUUGCUCAAAUGGCCAAAGUCGGAAAAGGAAAAGGAUUUUUAUCUACACCCUUGCCUAUUGAACCUCGCAAACGUUUUGUAUAUUAUUACCAUGCACCUAAGGGUCCUUCAAUGUCACCAAUGGUAAUUGAUCCAUCUGGAGUUUAUUUUAGGCCUGAUAGCUUUGACAAUCAUUAUAUAUGUGGUAAAUCACCAUGUGAUGCUGAAGAACCUGAAACCAUCAAUUUAGAUGUUGAUCAUGAUUUUUUUGAAAAGCAAAUCUGGGCAUCACUUGCACAUCGAGUACCUGCAUUUGAAGAAGCAAAAGUCAAAAGUAGCUGGGCUGGAUAUUAUGAUUAUAAUUGGUACGAUCAAAAUGGUGUUAUAGGAAGUCAUCCAAGUUAUUUCAACUUAUUUUUUGCUACUGGGUUUAGUGGACAUGGUAUUCAACAAGCACCAGCUGUUGGCCGAGCUAUGAUGGAAAUGAUUACCGAAAGUGGAUUCAACUCAAUAGAUCUUUCUAGGUUAGGUUUUGGCCGGUUAAUUGCUGAACAACCACUAUAUGAACAGAAUAUUGUCUAAUAGUUUAAAAAAUAGAUUAUAGUAUACUAAUGAUUUGAUUUUUUAUUAUAAAAUAGAUGGUAACUAUUGUUGAUAAAAAAAGUUGGUUUAAAUUUUAAGAUUUUAAAGUAUAAAAAAAUCAUAAUUAAUACUAAGUAAAUAAAUACAAUUGUAUAUUCUUGAGGCAUGUGGCAAGUUUCAAUGGAAAAAUUAUCCAUAGAAAAUAAUGCCUGAAAAAAAGUUUAUAUUAUUUGUUAAAAAAAAGUUGUAUCAAAAAAUAAAAAAUAAUAUAGUUAAUUUCA